GAUAUUUAGUGUAUCGUUUAUGGGAGCCGCUUUCUGCAUUAAGAAAGCUGCUGAGUUUUCUACACACAAAAAAAACCUGUGAUAUGGACAUGGAACCUGUGCUUGCAGAAAUGUUUAAUAGCACCAUGGUUACCCAUAAAGCCGCGCGAAUAAAAUUCCGCUGUCGUUUGAAGCAGCGAUCAAAUACGCAGGCGCAGGGUUGCUGCCGUCUCCGAUAACUACGCAUGCGUGCAGUAUACAAAAAUGUCGGGCGGAGCGGCAAGUUAAGGGCUUUUCUGACUCUAAUUGAGUGACAAUUGCUGUGAGAACUGUGGCCCGUAAACUCGGCACAGGCAGGUCUUUUUCCUCUCUCUCAGCCCCACGAUCCGUACACGGGCCCCGGGGAGCUUCCGGCUAAUCAGGGAACGGGAGCAGAUAGAUCUUACAGACAGAGCUGAGCUCUAGCUAACUGAAUGCAAGGAUUAGAAACUCGGAAAAAGAGAACAAAAUCUUUCUAUCAGCUGUUAAGAAAAUCACCUUUGCUCUAUCUCCAACCGCAGCAGGAGAAAAUCUGCAGCUGCUUUAAAUCCAAGCAACAGACACAAAAUGCCGGCGGGACUCAGCAUUAGUACUCUUUCCCAUAGAUGCUGCCCGGCCUGCUGAGUUCCUCCAGCAUUUAUUGUGUGUUGCUUGCUCCGCCUGCUCUUGCUCUGGACUUUUCUACCCGUGAGAACAUGUUCUGCCAAUUCUCUCUGGGCACAUAACGAUAUCAAACACCUUUGCCCUGGGCAACAAGUAGCUUUCACAUCACAAAUGUGGCAGACUCCAGUGAGACAGACUGCUGCCCUUCCCUUCAUAUUCAUUGGCAUUGUCGUCACUGAGUACAUCACCGUCCGUCACUUGAGGGAGGUUUCAGGGGAAAUAUUUAUGUACAAUACAGAAACUGGUGUUACCUGUGUGCAUUGUGGUGAUGCAAAAGUUGCUGGAGAAUUUGCAAGUAGGAAGAAGAGUGAUAUUUGGAAGUCCAACUUUUUGAAGCACCAUUCAGGAAGAAAAUUGCAUACAGUGAUAUGCAAAAGUUUGGGCAGCCUGCAUGGUCAGUAUUUAGUAACAACCCCUUUGGCAAGUAUCACAGCUUCUAAAGGCUUUCUGCAGCCAGCUAAGAGUCCUUCAAUUCUUGUUUGGGGAUUUUUGCCCAUUCUUCCUUGCAAAAGGCUUCUAGUUCUAUGAGAUUCUUGGGCCGUCUUGCAUGCACUGCUCUUUUGCGGUCUAUCCAGAGAUUUUCGUUGAUGUUUAGGUCGGGGGACUGUGAUGGCCAUGGCAAGACCUUCAGCUUCCGCUUCCUGAGGGAGUCCAUUGUGGAUUUUGAGGUCUGUUUAUGAUCAUUAUCCUGUUGUAGAAGCCAUCCUCUUUUCAUCUUCAGCUUUUUUACAGAUGGUGUGAUGUUUGCUUCAAGAACUUGCUGGUAUUGAAUUGAAUUAAUUUUUCCCUCUACCAGUGAAGCGUUCCCCGUGCCACUGGCUGCAACACAAACCCAAAGCAUGGUCGACCCAUCCCCAUGGUUAACAGUUAGAGGGGUGUUCUUUUCAUGAUAUUCUGCACCUUUUUUUUCUCCAAACAUACCUCUGCUCAUUGUGGCCAAAAAGUUCUUUUUUUAUAUUCAUCAGUCCACAGGACUUGUUUCCAAAAUGCAUAAGGCUUGUUUACACAAAAUGCUGGUGGAACGCAGCAGGCCAGCCAGCAUCUAUAGGGAAAAGCACUGUCGAUGUUUCAGGCCGACACCCUUCAUCGUUUCGCUUGUUUAGAUGUUCUUUUGCAAACUUCUGACGCUGAAUUUUGUGGCAAGGGCACAGGAAAGGUUUUCUUCUGAUGACUCUUCCAUGAAGGUCAUAUUUGUACAGGUGUCCCUGCACAAUAGAACAGAGCACCACCACUUCAGAGUCUGCUGAAUAUUACUGAAGGUCUUUUGCAGUCAAACAGGGGUUUUGAUUUCCCUUUCUAGCAAUCCUACAAGCAGUUCUCGCAGAAGGAUUUCUCGGUCUUCUGGACCUCAACUUGACCUCCACUGCACCUGUUAACUGCCAUUACUUAACGACAUCAUGAACUGAGAUUAAUAUCGCCAAGGAAUUUGUCUAUGGGAAUUGAAACACAACACACCAGUUGUGCUGUCUCUGACUAGAUAUUUAAGGAGCAAGGGAUUCAAUCAGCCAUCCUUCCUGUUCAGACUGUGCGGAGGGAUUCACUCGGUCAUCUGACCAACUGGCACGUCCGUCAUUUUACACAGGGGAGAGGCCGUUCAUCUGCUCAGACUGUGGGAAGGGAUUCAGUCGGUCAUCCCACCUGUGGGCACACCAGUCAGUUCACACUGGGCAGAGGCUGGUCAUCUGCUGAAUUUGUGGGGAAGGAUUCACUCGGUUAUCUGAUCUAAUGGCUCACCAGCGAGUUCUCACUGAGGAGCGACCGUUCACCUGCUCGGACUGUGGGAAGGGAUUCACUCGGUCAUUUCACCUACUGAGACACCAGUCAGUUCACAAUCAGGAGAGGCAAUUCACCUGCUCAGACUGUGGGAAGAGAUUCACUCAGUCAUCUCACCUCCUGGCACACCAACGUGUUCACACAGGAGAGAGGCCAUUCACCUGCUCAGACUGUGAGAAGGGAUUCACUCGAUCAUCUCACCUACUGGUUCACCAACGUGUUCACACUAGAGAGAGGCCAUUCACCUGCCCAGACUGUGGGAAGGGAUUCAGUCAGUUAUCUGUACUGAAGGUACAUCAGCGAGUUCACACUGGAGAGAGGCCAUUCAACUGCUCAGACUGUGGGAAGGGAUUUACUCAAUCAUUUCACCUACUGAGACACCAGUCAGUUCACACUGGGAAGAAGCCAUUCACCUGCUCGGAUUGUGGGAAGAGAUUUACUCAGUUAUACAACCUACAGAGUCACCAGCGAGUUCACACUGGGGAGAAGCCAUUCACCUGCUCAGACUGUGGGAAAAGAUUCACUUCGUCAUCUCAACUGAAGGUACAUCAGCGAGUUCAUACUGGGGAGAGGCCGUUCACCUGCUCAGACUGUGGGAAGGGAUUCACUCGGUCAUUUGAACUGAAGGUACAUUGGCGAGUUCACACUGGGGUGUGGCUGUUCACCUGCUCAGACUGUGAGAAGGGAUUCACUCAGUCAUCCAACCUACAGAGUCACCAACACGUUCACACUGGGGAGAGGCCAUUCACCUGCUCAGACUGUGGCAAGGGAUUCAGUAGUUCAUCCACCCUACAGAGACAUCUGCGAGUUCACACUGGGGAGAAGCCAUUCACCUGCUCGAAGUGUGGGAAGGGAUUCACACAAUUAUCUGAUCUACAAAAUCACCAGCGAGUUCACACUGGGGAGAGGCCGUUCACCUGCUCAGAAUGUGGCAAAGGAUUCACUCAGUCAUCUAAUCUACUGAGACACCAGCGAGUUCACAAUGGGUAGAGGCCAUUCACCUGCUCAGUCUUUGGGAAGAGAUUCUCUCGGCCACCUCCACCAAAUGUGCAUCAUUGUCAAGUCAAACUUGAGUUUCAGGAAGGUAUUAAGGAAGAGCAAGACUGCACUGGCAGAGAGGACGGAACCUACUGCCUGAGGGCGGUUUCUGCCCAGAACAUUUGGGCGGACCCCGCAGCGUCACAGUGGAAGUCCAAGAGCAGCAUAACAUCGGCAGCCAGGAGUAGCGUCACAACCCGCGGUAAGAUGCCGAACUUUAAAUAAUUGUUGAGACUGUUUCAGGGAAAGGAGCACUGCUGUCACUGCGUUUGGGUUAACUCCGCCAUCGGGUCAUCGCACGCAGGCACUUCUUGAAAACGAUGCGAGGCUUAAGAAGAGCUUGUGAACCUUCGAGAGAGUUCACCCAGUUUGGAACCAUAACGGUCCAGUAGAGAAACGGAGGUGCAGGUCCAAAAUCGUCUCCGAAGUCCAACAGGCAGCCAGUUUUUCACCUAAUCCUAAUGUUACUACCACUGCCUUAUGACUAUCCUUGACUAGACUAAUGACUGACUUACCGCUGAUUAUUUAUGACUACUGACUAAUAAUUACCAACUGCCACACUUGCGAAAAUAAAAAUAAAAAAGGAAAAAGAAAGGAAAAGGUCAUUGAGUGGAAUCCGGUUAAAACCUUCGGGUAGGCGUAUUCAGUCCCUUUCAAGUGGGGAAGCUGCACAUGGGAGCAAGAACUCCGACUUGACAGUGAAAAACUGGUUGACAGUGAAAAUACUGCUUGACAGCACUGUUUGACCAGGAAAAAGAAAUCUGGGAGCUUUGAACUGGACCAGCAAGAGCAAUAACCUGGAGUCCUGAAAAAGGAAGGAAAUCAAGUUCAGAUAAAACAACAUCAAAGCAUCACUAAAAAGUUGUACUCUCACCUGUGAACAGCCAGCAGAUGGAAUCAAACAUGGCUGAUCAAACUAUUGGGAAAUCAGUUGAGCAACUCAAGCUAGAGAGAAUGACAGCAAAAAGAUUGUUUUCUUGUCUGGCCAACAGUAUUACCAGGACCUAUGAAGACAUGUCUGAAGAGGAGCUCAGAGUGAGUUUCAAUAAACUCACAAUAGAAGCCGAGAAAGUCAUGGAAGCCAAUGAUGAUGCGGAGGCCGGACUCACCGCAGAACGGGAGGCAGUGCUGAACACAUAGAAAGUAGCUGUGUUAACUGAACAGCAAAAAGCCGACCUGGCAAAGACGGCAAAUGAGUGUGAGUUGAAACUGAAGGAAAUCAGAAGGUUGAUCCGGGAGACUCUUUGGACCAACUUUGGAAAUGUUGAGUUGCUCACCGUACUACAAGCAGCAGAGGAUGAAUGUGAAGACGUCACUGCUGUACAACCCGAUGGCCACCAGGAGGCGUAUGGCUUCAUGCUUAACCACCUGCAAUGACUGGUAAAGACAGCGAAGGAGGUGGGAACGAUGGAACCGGCCAGGGGAUCGGAAGCACCUUCAGAGUCGCCUAAAGGGGCUCGAACUCCACGUCCCCAAGCUGGUUUCCAAGAAGGCCCACUUCAUACAGGCAAGGAGAAAGGAGGAUGCUGAAAGACUAACACUGACGGCAUUGGGCUUUUCCUCCAAUUUUCCCACGCCAGCCAUCAGACUGAAACCGACGGCCCUUCCCAAGUUUACUGGCAGCAGACGUGAUUUUCACAGGUGGAGAAAGGACUGGGAAGCACUCCAGAGGCAGCGAGAGCUGACCGGUUCAAGAGAGGUGAAAAAGGUUCAACUGCUGGACAGUCUUGACGACAAAGUCAGAAGAGACCUUCGCCUCAAAACUUAUAAAACUGCAGAUGUCAUCUUCUGUGUUCUAGAAAACCGCUAUGGAAAUGGAGUGUGGAAAUCGGAAGUGGGAUAGUAUUGGCGCAGCAUGCGAGCCAAAAUGCGGGGGUUGUGGCUGCGGAAACUGCCAGCUGGGCGGUAAAGGAAUGACUCUUGCUGAAGAGAGGGAACUUGUAUACAAAUUCAUAUUCAAAAAAAAAUCAAAGCAAUAGUGAUAAGGGAGAAAGAAAGGCAUGAAUAUUGACUUCUCUAACUUCCGUUAAUGCCCCUCCUCCCCUUCUUACCCCAUCCCUGACAUGCUUAGUUGCCCAUCACUCCACUUGUUCUCCAUCUCCCUCUGGUGCUCCCCUCCACCUUUCUUUCUCCCUAGGCCUCCUGUCCCAUGAUCCUUUCCCUUCUCCAGCUCUGUAUCACUUUUGCCAAUCACCUUUCCAGCUUUCAGCUUCACUCCACCCGCUCCGGUCCUCUCCUAUCAUUUCGCAUUUCCCCCUCCCCCACCUACUUUCAAAUCUCUUAAUAUCUUUCCUUUCUGUUAGUUCUGACGAAUGGUCUCGGCCAGAGACGUUGACAGUGCUCCUCCCAAAAGAUGCUGCCUGGCCUGCUGUGUUCCACCAGCAUUGUGUGUGUGUUUGAAUUUCCAGCAUCUGCAGAUUUCCUCGUGUUUGCACAAUAUACGAAGGAUACUUCACAUUAUGGAUCAUAUAUACAAAAAAAUAAAAUCAAAGCAAUAGUGAUAAGCGUGGACGCUGAAAAGGCAUUUGAUUCGGUUAAUUAGAAUUUUCUUUACAGAGUUUUACAUAGAUUUGGUUUCCAUAACAAUUAUUAAAACUAUACAGGCACUAUAUGACAACCCUACCGCUGGAUUAAAAUCAAUGGAUAUUUAAUCAAAUAGUCUUACCCUAGAAAGGGGCACAAGACAGGGUUGUGCAUGGUCAGCACUACUCUUCGCAUUAUAUCUGGAACCAUUAGCUCAAUACAUGAGACAAAGUGGGGAAUUACUAGUAAAGGGGCAGAGCAUAAAUUGGCUUGUUACGUGGAUGACAUUUUGAUCUAUCUAGGGCAACCAACAUACUCUUUACCUGAUUGAUGCAAUCCUUUGAACAAUAUGGUCAAUUAUCAGGAUACAUUAUCAACAUAGAUAAAACCCAAUUACUUUCAUAUUACUACAGCCCAGCAAGAGAAAUUGAAAGUAGAUAACCCCGGGCAUGGCAAACAGAGUCUUUCAAAUAUUUGGGCAUCAUUAUGCUAAAAGAUUAGGCAACAUUAUCAGAAUGUAAUUAUCAGCCUUUAUAUAAAAAGAACAUUAAGGAAUAUAUAGCAAGAUGGAACCGGAUUCCUUUCUUUUAGUUUCUGUUCAAGGAUUGAGUCUAUUAUAAUGAAUACACUGCCCAGACUGAUAUAGCUCUUUGAGACCCUACCAAUAGAGAUUAAUCAAAAUCAAUUCAAUGAAUGGAACAAGAUGUUAUCAAGGUAUAUUUGGCAAGGUAAAAGGCCUAGAGUUCAUCUCAAAACUUUGCAAUUAGCAAAGGAAAAGGGUGAAUGUGGCCUCUUCGAGGUUAUUAUUUUGCAGCACAGUUGAGAGCUGUGAUGUGCUGGAGCAACCCAUCGUAUGACGCACAAAGGAAAAACAUUGAGGAGCGGGUACUUCCCAUCCCCAUACAAGCAGUUUUGGCUGAUAAUAACUUGCAAAGGUACAUAAAUACUAUUGAUAAUCCAUGGGUGAAAUUGACUCUUAAUAUGGAAAACUAUUAUAAAAGAAUAUAAUCUCAAGGGAGAUACUGCAAUUCUUCAAUGGUGUGCAUAUAACUCAGAUUUUACACCAAAUAAAUUGGAUGCUAGAUUUAAGGACUGGACAGCUAAAGGAAUAACAGUUCUUUGCAACAUAAUGAAAGAAGGAAUACUGUGACAGUAUGUAAAUAGGAUGCUUAAAAUUGUAUCCAAGGCAAGCACAUGCAUGAUAGAGCUAUUUAGAAAAGCAUAUAAUUCAGAUAACGGUAGUAGAAUUAUUACAAGCAUGUAUAAGAGUUUGUCAAAUCUUAAAACAUAUUUGACUUCAAACAUUAAAACAAAAUGGGAGAAGGAAGGAGGGAUAAUUAUAUCUGAGGAAGAAUGGACAAUAAUAUGGAGGUAUCAAUGGAAGUGUACCAGUUCUCAGAAAUGGAGGGAGUUCGGAUGGAAAAACUUGAUAAGAUAUUUCAUUACACCCUCCCAGAAAUCCCAUUAUGAUAGUAACAUCACUGAUUGCUGGAGAAACUGUGGACAUUGAAAUGCAAAUCAUUAUUAUAUUUUUUGUGACUGCCCUGUUAUCAAAAGCUAUUGGAGGGGGAUACACAAUGCCCUACAUGGCAUCGUUAGAUAUGAAAUACCCUUGGGGAGUAAGACCAUAUAUUUUGGAUGUAUACCUCAAUGGUUGAAAAAAGAUAAAUAUUUAAUGAAUAUAUUGUUGGCAGCUGGUAAAAAGACUGUUACUAGGAAAUGGUUAUCACAGGAGAGCCCAACUUUAAAUGCAUGGAUGGAAAUUACAAUGGACAAGAUGGAGAAGAUAAUCAUAAUCUGGAACAAAUUGAUUCAUACUGGGAAAAAUGGUUUAACUACAUAAUCCCUCUAGGCCUGCUUUUAUUCUCACAAAUCAAUGAAUAUGUUAUAAAAAAAGAUCACUCCCUACUUGUACAUAGUUUUUUUUUCCUUUUGCUUGUUUUUUCUUUCACACUUAUAGAAGUGUAUACCUCAGAUAAAUUCUAUGUGGGGAUUUGUGGCAUAUAUGAUUAUAUGAUAUAUAUUUACAAUGUCUGAAAUACAUCUUCUGGAAAUUUUUGUUUUAUGAUGAACUUCAAUAAAAAAAACGAAAAAACA